AGCACAGUAAAUCAACUGGCUGCGGGCUUCCACUGUUAAUUGAUAUUCUGCCGAGUGACUUUGCCAUCACAAACAAAGGAGGUAUCAGCCACACUUUUUUCUUUCAAUAACUAAUUCUACAGUUAGAGCUGAAACUUUAUAUUAAUGGGAUGAACAGAAAGUGAAAAAAACACACAUUUACACGCUGUUUACACUGUUAAGCUGUGUCAUCAUAGACUGAAUAAGAAGAUUGCAUGUUGUUACCACUUCCGGCCGCUGGGUGGCAAGAGAGUCUGCUUUGUAAUGUGUCGCUACUCACGGAGAAGAAGAAAUGUUUACUUCCUGUAGCUAACUAAAAUGAGGGUACAGACUUGGUUACUUCCUUGAGACCAUCCCUGGAAAACAAAAAGGGGUCGCUGCAUGUGCUCGUCGUGAUAGUUGUUUGCCGAACCUUUCAAUGACAUGAUGGACGACAGUGAAUUGGAGGUGAUGGCCACGCCGCCAGGUAGCUCUUCCCCCGGGGACGCGGUGUCUGAGAGAGGAGAGAUUGUGUCUAAUGAAGAUGAGGAUCUCUACUACAUCCCUGAGAGAAGACUUUCUCUGGACCUGGGGCCGAGUGCAAUGGAUACCAGCCAGUGGCAUUUUGUGGACCAGGCCAUUGCUCCAGCUCUGAGCUACAGAUCAAUGACAAGUGAGGACAACUCAAUCAUGACUGACGUAGAUGGAUCCCCCACAAGGGUUGAGCUGAACAAAGCAGAUUCAUACUCUAGCUGCUACUCAUUGGACAGUGACGAUUGUGAAAAGAUAAUCCCCAAGCUUAAAUGCAAAGAUGAUAGCGUCUCAGUGCUUACUGACACACCUGAAUUAACCCAAGACCCCAAUGAGAUGAGGCAUCCUUCCCUCACGGUGGCGUUCACUUUCAAGGCUAUUUCUAAAACCCUUGGAAAGCUGUCCGAGAGCGACAUCAAGACAUUCAAGAUGAUGCUGUGGAAGCGUUACCCACAGUCAUUCAACACUUCUCCCCAAGGCAUGGACAUGGUCGACCUUGUGGACCGCUUGCUCGAGUGUUUCGACCUGGUGGUAUCUUUGCAGAUCACCAAAACCCUUCUUGAGGAAAUUGGGCAAAAGAAGAUGAUUGAUUAUCUCCAGACUUUGUGUAUCAGAAAUGAAGUACGUCAUGAUUUGAGCGAGACUCUGAAGAGGAAAUACGGCAAAGUAUGUGAUGAUCCCUCCGUGCAGGAAGAAACUAGACCCUUUGAGGACGUCUUCACCGACCUCCACAUAACCUCAACAUGUGAUAAUGGCCCAAAUAUUGAACAUGAGGUCAUGAACAUAGAAAAGCUGGACAGCAACCGGGAAGCAGCUAAACUGCUUUCUACCAAGGACAUUUUAAGCGAUGAAAGGCUGGAGCACUCAAACUAUAAAUUGAUUCUGAUCACAGGAGUGGCAGGGUCAGGGAAGUCUAUGGCAGUCAGAAGGUUAAUCUUCGAUUGGAUCGAAGAGAGGUCCCACCAACACGUGUCCUUCUUGUUUCCUUUGCCCUUCAGAGAACUCAAACAGUUUGAGAACUCUAAGGUCUCCGUGUUGGAAAUAAUACAUACACUUUACCCAGAAACCAAGAAACUGAGGGAGGAGGAUUAUAGAUGCGAUGACUGCAAAAUAAUGUUUAUCUUUGACGGUCUGGAUGAGUACAACGGGACUUUCGACUUUCACAACACUUCACUUCUCGGUGACCUCAAGGAUUCCACCUCCCUGAACAUCAUCGUGACAAACCUCCUCAGAGACCGGCUGCUCUACCGCGGCCUGUUCCUGAUCUUUUCUCGGUCGCCACUGAAGCGCUGCAUUCCCUGGGAUACGCACUAUGACGAGAUAGAUGUGCAAGGUUUCCAUGACCCUCAAAAGGACGAGUACUUUAAGAAGAGAUUUAAGGACCAAGAUCAAGCGGCUCGAGUUAUUGCGUACAUCAACUCCUCCAAAACCCUCCGCAUCAUGUGCCACCUGCCCUUGUUUUGCUCACUGGUGGCCGAUGAGUUCCAGCAGUUUUUUAAGGAGCCGAUGACGCGGGCAGAGCCGCCCAGGAGCAUCACCUACAUGUACACAAAGCUGAUGCUUUCACUCAUCCGGCAGCAUCGCAUAUUUAGAGCUCCGCAUCGUAGCUCAGACAAAGAGAGGGACUUCCUCAUGAAACUUGGAAAGCUGGCUUUCAACAUGCUGGAACAAGGCCAGUUCAAGAUCACAAAGUCCGACUGGAAAGAGGUUGGAAUCAAGGGCGAGGAGGCGGUGAUUAACAGCGGCCUAUGCACACAAUACAUCACAAAGCCGUUUGUCUUGCAUCAGGAGAAAGUCAUCAGCUUUAUCCACCCUACCAUGCAAGAGUACCUGGCUGCCCUUUAUGUGUUUCUCUCCUUCACAAACCAGGGGAAGAACAUUUUUGAUCAUCAGCUGAAGGACAAGUUCAAGGGGAUGUUCAAGGGGCACAAGGCCAUGGAGCUGUACAAGAGCGCUGUGGACAGUAGCCUGCGGUGGGCCGACGGCAAACUGGACAUUUUCCUACGCUUCCUGCUUGGAAUGGCUCUUAAGACCAACCUGGAACUCCUCCAACCAUUUUGCACAUCUCCGGUAAAGUGGCCAACACUAAUCGAAGAUGCUACUGCCUUCAUAAGGAAGAGGAUCACAGAAAAUCUGUAUCCCGGCAGGAAUAGCAACCUGCAGCGCUGCCUAGAAGAGCUGAGUGCGUGAGCCUGAGACACAGCAUCCAGCUGAGCUGACUCUUAUAAUAACUGAUCAAUGUGUAAAGUUAAUUUUGAUACAAAAUAACUGUCAAGGCUUCCACUGAAUUCCAGUUGGAUGACAUGUGCCUGACGGGGAAACACAUUUCUCUCCUAUUCAAACAACAUUUACACUAAUGGAGCUAAUAACUUCUGAAGUUACACUGGUGUACCAAAGAUGUGGAGACAUAAUAUUUCAAGGAAAUUGUACUUUAGUGUGUGUUAAUUAAAAAGCUUAAAGAUAAUAAGGGGCCUUAUUUUGGGAGUUCAUUUUUUAUUUUUUUUUUGGUGGGUAUUUUCAAUAUUUGCUUGUCUGCCAGCUUUUGCUUGACAUGACUAUUGUUUAUUUGACAUUAAUGUUUUGGUUUAGCUGUUACUCCUACAUUGAUUAAAGGUGUCUUUACUCUAAUUCCUCUCAUCACUAAAAGUACUGGUUGGUGAUAACCAUUGGAAAACAAGUUAUAAUAAGUAGUGCAAUUAACAAUAAAUCUGAAGGGAAACAACCACAGGAUUCCAACAUACUUUGUCUCAUUAUGGAGUAUAUUUUUACAUGUUUCAACAGUAUACACAUUUAUGAUGGCAGACAUGCACAAAUAUAGCAAAUGGCCUAGCAAUUCAAUGUUACAAUGUUCUAUAUAUAUUAUACAGUCAGUAGCAUUGUGUGGUAGAGGCCUCUGGACUUUGUUUCCUUUGAUAAGGAGGACUAUCCUCAAAAUGCUGCGUCAAAUUUAUAUUAGGAGAAAGUAACGAUAGUAACGAGUGCACACCAAUCAACAGUCAAACUGUAAGUGAGCCAGAGUUAGCCA